AUGGUUCAAGGCGGUGUGGUGGAGGUUCCCGAAGAUUACGUUCCACUGGAACAUGUUCGUCGGGCAAUGAAGAACGCUGACUGCCGCACACCCGCCAUAUUCUUUUUGGAGGACGGCGAUCCAUUUCUUUCUCUCUGCAAGAUCGCCAAGGAAACGCAAUCUGCGGUUUGGUACUUUGAUCUCGCGGUUAUGAAAAACGUUCAGAAUGCUAUGGACUACAUCGAUGUUGGUACUAAAAAUGGCGACUGGGUGUAUAUUGCACACUCUGACGAAGUCGAUCAGCAAAGCUUCCGAGAUAUAGCGCGUAUGGUCUUUCUGCUGAGGCCGGAACCGAAGAAAUAUCCUCGGCGGGAGUUUUUUCGGUGUUUAUUUUCUGUCACAAAGUCCUUUGAUAUUGAGGCAGACGCAGAGGCCCUAUUUCCCCCUCUCCUCCUCAAAAACUCCAUCGUUGCGAGGAAACUCGACGAGAAUAAUGCAAAGUGGUCUCUCAAGCUUCCAGCUGAUACCAAACCCCGAGAAAUUGAACAAUUAAAGCGUGAAAGACGGCGCGCAGAGGGCCGCGACAGUGACAGUGAAACAGACUUGGAUGAGGAUGACAGACUAUCUGGUAUGUGGUUUCAUCGCGCAGUGGAAUUAAACAAAUCGGCUGAUGAAUCCCCAUUAACGCUGGCUGAAGAGGAAAUGGAAGCCGCACUUGAUGCUGAAGAUGUCAACACGAUCAAACGUCUUAUUAAGGACGGUCACAUUGAUGUCUCACGGAAAAUUAAAUGCGGCAUGACACCGCUUCAGUACACCUGCUCUAAAGAGAUGGUGAAAUCCGCUUUAUGUUUAUUGGAGUGCGGUGCCGAUCCCAAUGCGCCCCGACAGAGUGACGGUCGCCCGCCUAUAUUCAUGGCGCUUGAAGAUACCUCUCUUGUUGAGGCCUUGGUGAAGCACGGGGCCGAUUUGUUCGCAACUUUUCAGGGGUGGCGAGUGGACUCCCAUCCAGACACAUCACCGCAAGUGGCGAAGAUGACAAAGAAAAUGAGGGAGUUUAUGUAA